AUGAAAAUCAAAUCAGUAGUGCCGUUCAUCAUAGCCUCUGCAGCAUCAGUCCAAUCACUCGUCAUACCACAUAGAAAAACGGAUGACAGCACUUACGUCCAGCUGUAUUCUCGUCAGAUAAACUUCAAAACUUUCGGCAAUUUUUUUAAAAAACUUGUGGUUCCAAAAAAAGGCAAACCUGGAGUGCCAAACUCGGGUAGACGCAGUAUUUUGACUAAACUCGGACCUCGCAAAAAGACACCUGUGCUACAGAGAAAACCAGCAAUGAAAAAGAUGAACAAGCUAAAGAAUACCACGAAAUCGACUGGCUCGACUAAAAAUAAAUCUAUCAAGAACAAUAACGCGAGUACUUCAGCUAAACACUCGGCGCCAAAACGACCAAGUAGACGUCGCUUUCGUUCUAGAUCAACUACAAAAAAGGAUGAUGACGCAGACUCGGAUUAA